AUGUCUAAAACUGGAACCAAGAUUACUUUUUAUGAAGAUAAAAAUUUUCAAGGCCGCCGCUAUGACUGUGAUUGCGACUGUUCAGAUUUCCACUCGUACCUGAGUCGCUGCAACUCCAUUAGAGUAGAAGGAGGCACCUGGGCUGUGUACGAAAGGCCCAACUUUGCUGGGCACUUGUACAUCUUACCGCAGGGAGAGUACCCUGAAUAUCAGCGCUGGAUGGGCCUCAACGACCGCCUGGGCUCCUGUAGAGCUAUUCACCUGUCUAGUGGAGGCCAGUAUAAGAUUCAGAUCUUUGAGAAAGGGGAUUUUAAUGGUCAAAUGUUUGAAACCACGGAAGACUGUCCAUCUAUCAUGGAGCAGUUUCACAUGCGUGAGAUCCACUCCUCUAAAGUGCUGGAGGGUGUCUGGAUUUUCUACGAGCUACCCAAUUACCGCGGCCGACAGUACCUCCUGGACAAGAAGGAGUACCGGAAGCCCAUGGAUUGGGGUGCAACCUCCCCCGCUGUCCAGUCCUUCCGGCGCCUCAUUGAGUAA